GGUUAGAGAGCGAGCUUUAUUACUUCUUAUUCCACGUUUCGUAUGGACUUUGAAAAGCAAAACCAGAGAAAAUGUUUGGAGGUCGUUCUAAUGGUUGAUGGCGGCACUUAAACCCUAAACCAUAAACCAAGAGAGGCCCUAGAAAGUACGAACUCUAGAUCCGUACACAAAUGUUCUAUGCUCGAUACAUAUAUUCUUGAACCUGCGGUGGCUGCUGAAUCGAAACCCUAGACAAUCGUUUUCUUCUUGAUGCAAAUGGGCAGCGAAGCAAUGGAGAUGGGGAUGGAGAAGUCAUCGAAGAAAAAGGCGGAGACUCUGCAAGCGUUGGCUACUGGUCCUUUAUCAUCUUCGAUUGCGAAGCUUUCAGGUUCUUCAAGAGGUAUUCCUUCGGACAAGGAUUUUCAUUUCUUUUACAACUUCGACGAGUUCAAGACACCUAUUAGGGAAAUAGCCGAAAAGUCUGAAUCGUUGUUGAAAAGCAUUGGUUCGUCGAGGUCACUUUGGGGGAAAGAAUUGAUUUUUCCGGAGGAUUCAGAGGAAGCUUAUGAUUGGCUGGUUAAUGUUAGUGACGAGGUCCUUGAGAGAUGUGAUGUUUCGAUGGAUGAGUUUCAGAGAUUGAGGAAGAAAGAAGAGGAAAGCGGGAGGAGUAUGAGUUCGAUGAAUACUGACGAUGGGUUUCAGUUGGUUUAUGGGAAGAAGAAAAAGGGAGUUAGUCGUAGUAUGGAGAAAAAGGAGGAGCAUGAUUCAAAUCCUUCCACGGCGGUUAAAGUGGCUUCGAGGGACAAAAAAACUACUGGGGCACGACCGCGCGUGCCAUUCCAUAUACCAACCAUUCCUCGACCUCAAGAUGAAUUCAGUAUAUUGGUUAACAACUCGAAUCAGCCUUUCGACCAUGUCUGGUUGCGCAAAAGCGAGGAUGGGAGUAGAUUUUUACAUCCUCUGGAAGAACUCUCAGAGCGGGAUUUUGUUGAUAGAAAAACUGGGAAUGUUGAACCAGUAAAACCACUCCCAUUAGAGAGUACACCUUUUAAGCUUGUGGAAGAUGUCAAGGAUUUGAAGGAGUUAGCUGCCAAAUUGCGUGAAGUGAAUGAGUUUGCAGUUGAUUUGGAACACAACCAGUAUAGGUCCUUCCAAGGAAUGACUUGCUUGAUGCAAAUUUCUACGAGAAUGGAAGAUUUUGUAGUAGACACACUAAAACUUCGUGUUCAUAUUGGUCCUCAUCUAAGGGAAAUAUUCAAAGACCCCUCUAAGAAAAAGGUCAUGCAUGGAGCAGAUCGGGAUAUAGUGUGGCUGCAACGGGACUUCGGAAUAUACAUCUGCAAUUUGUUUGAUACUGGCCAGGCUUCAAGGAUAUUGCAAUUGGAGAGGAACAGUCUGGAGUAUCUUCUGCACCAUUUUUGUGGAGUUACUGCAAACAAAGAAUACCAAAAUGCAGAUUGGAGAUUACGCCCUCUACCUGACGAAAUGAUCAGAUAUGCAAGAGAAGAUACACAUUUUCUGUUGUACAUUUAUGAUCUGAUGAAAGCAAGGUUAUUUGCAUUAUCUGCCGACUCUGAAAAUGGUGAUGCUUUGCUGUUAGAGGUAUACAAGCGUGGUUAUGACAUAUGUCUGCAGCUUUAUGAGAAAGAGCUCUUUACAGACACUUCAUAUCUCUACAUAUAUGGGUUACAGGGGGCUAAUUUCAAUGCUCAACAGCUUGCUAUUGUUAAUGGUCUUUGUGAAUGGAGGGAUGUUGUUGCUCGUGCAGAGGAUGAAAGUACGGGCUAUAUAUUGCCAAAUAAAGCAUUGCUUGAGAUAGCCAGGGAGAUGCCCCUCACAAAUGGCAAGCUGCGCCGAUUGGUGAAGUCGAAACAUCCUUACGUUGAGCGCAAUCUUGGUACUGUGGUUAGCAUAAUCAGGAGUUCAAUCCAAAAUGCUGCUGCUUUUGAAGUUGUUGCUGAACAGCUAAAGAAGGGUCGUUUAGAAAUGGUACAUGAGGAGAACACAGAAACAGUUCAAAAUGGAACCGGAACCUUAUCUUCAGGAAAUCUAACAAGCAUGCAAAAUGCAUCUGCUCAAACAGAAAUGAUUAAUAGCAAUAGUGGCACUGGAGUAAACUGGAAGAUGAACAAAUAUCCAGUGGCUUCUCUGCAAGUCAAGGAAGAGCCCUUAGAGCUUGGUGGUAGUGUUGUUGAGUGUGGUAGGGAUGAACAGAGGCAGCAUGAGCUACUUGGUGAAACUGGAAAAAUCGAGAAUGAAAGGGGCAGCUGUUCAUCACAACUUCCAAAUGAAAAUCCCAUCACAUUGAGGCAUAUGGAUACUGGGGCAACUAUUCAAGUGUUGAAGAAGCCAAGCUGUUCUUUUGGAGCACUGCUAGGGAAUUCUUCCUCAAAGAGAAAGCUUAAUCAGGUUCAGAAGAACAUGGCGGAGCUCAAGGUGGAGCAAAUCAAGUUAUCUGUAAAUCUUCCAUUUCAUACAUUCUCAGGCGGGGAUGAACAUUCGAAAUCACUUACGCAGGAGAGCAUUAAACCAUUGAAAAGUCUUGAUGCAGAGGAAGCCGUUGCCAGGCCACCUGGUGUUACUGACUUUGAAGAGAUAAUUUCACUUGAAAUUGAUUCAAAUGACCAGGAAGAUUGUGUCUCGACAGAAGCUAGAAAUGGUUUAGAACACAGAGAAAAUUAUAGUCCUGAAAUUUCUGUUUUGGAUACAGAUAUAGGAGGUAAGCCUAUGUCUCUUUCUGAUUUAUCCUCGAGUUUCCAGAAAUGCUUCCAGUCAAUAAAUCAGUCCAGAAACAAUAGAGAGAUUCAGAGAUCCGCAGAUUCAGAUGGUGGUUUGCAGUUGAAACCAUUCGAUUAUGCAGCAGCAAGAAAACAUGUUACAUUUGGGGGGGAUCAAAAGGAAGAAACUGGAAUGGAGGGUGAAGGCAAAAAUCUGCAUGACUCGGGGGGAAGGAAUAACACUAAAGCUACUAGUAGUGUUCCAAAAGAAGAAAGCAAUGAUUCUCAACAGGCCAGACGACGUCAGGCUUUUCCAGCCACGGGGAACCGUAGUGCAACAUUCUGCUAAGCCUUGGUACAAAGGCUACAAGCGUACGGUUUUAUUCGUAGAAAUGCUAUGGAAAAUGAGCCUUUGAGUCAAUUGGUGCUGAACUGAAGGAGAAAUAAAGUAAAUAGAAAAGUAAAACGAUAUACAAAGUUCAUCUUUGUACAGCUCAAAUUAUGAUUUCAACUCAGCCUAAUUUUUGAAAAUUUCGUGUAUGGUUAUUAGUUCGGCACUUGUCAGUGUAAUGCUAUUGUUAUGGUCAUUUAAGCCCAUGAAGGCUUUAGCAGCGUAUGGUGCAUGGUUUUUUGGUUUGAUAA